AUGAACCACAACGAAACCACAGCAUCAUUCAAUCACUCGGGAAUGUCCACCUCAAACUUUAGUCAUUUUAAGCUUUCAGGCGACUCCAACGACAUUCUUCGGACAGUUCGUGUUCCAGCAAAGGAUGGAAAGACAGGGCUCGAUAUCCAGCUACAAUACACUAACCAGAAAGUAAUUGGUAACGGAUCAUUUGGCGUUGUCUAUCAGGCCAAGCUUGUGCACACUGGAGAGGAUUGUGCUAUUAAGAAGGUCCUGCAGGACAGACGCUUCAAGAAUCGCGAAUUACAAAUCAUGCGAUUAAUGGACCAUCCGAAUGUCUGUGCUCUCAAAGCUUAUUUCUACACUCAAGGAGAUGCAAAGGAUGAGGUGUACUUAAACUUGGUUAUGGAAUAUGUACCUGAAACAGUCCACAGAGUAUCUCGUCACUAUGCCAAGAUUAAGCAACCAGUACCAAUGUUGAUCGUGAAGCUGUACAUGUACCAGCUCUUUCGUUCACUUGCUUACUCACAUACUCUUGGAAUAUGCCACCGCGAUAUCAAACCUCAGAACUUGCUUGUAAAUCCAGUUACUGGUGUUCUGAAGUUAUGUGAUUUUGGAAGUGCAAAGAUCUUGGUUUCAGGCGAACCCAACGUUGCCUAUAUUUGCUCACGCUAUUACCGUGCACCCGAAUUAAUUUUUGGAGCGACGUCUUACAAGACUAGUAUCGAUAUUUGGUCGGCUGGAUGUGUCAUGGGUGAACUACUCCUUGGUCAGCCUUUAUUCCCAGGAGAGAGUGGCAUCGAUCAGUUAGUAGAAAUAAUUAAAGUGCUGGGCACACCGUCGAAAGAACAAAUUGCAACCAUGAACCCUCAUUACACCGAUCACAAAUUCCCUCAAAUCAAGCCCCAUCCCCUCUCAAAGGUCUUCCGUUCAAGGACACCUCCAGAGGCGAUUGAUCUGCUCUCUCGCAUCUUGCAAUAUGAACCCGAGACACGUCUGACAGCCAGUGAAGCUCUUGUACACCCAUUCUUUGACGAACUCCGCAACCCAGACACCAAGAUGGCUACAGGACGAGAAUUGCCAUUGCUUUUCAAUUUUACUCAUGAAGAAUUAUCAGUCCGGCCUGAUCUUAUUCAUUCUCUUGUACCAUCAUACUGCCAAGAAGAAUUGCGUUUUAGAAACAUUGAUGUCCACCAAUUCACCCCAGUCCCGUUAGAAAAGAUGCGUUUGGCAUCACUGGAUUAA